AUGCCCUCCUUAAAAUCAAUGGCCGCAAGUUUCAUGCGCUAUAUCCAAGUGGAUUUAGCUUCCUUUGAAGACAAUUACAAGAAGACCGUCGAUGAAUAUCUCACCCUAGCCGCUAUCCAGUACCAAAAACGAGAACUGGAGGAAAUAUGGGACAAGAUUUCCACCAGAUAUGAAUGGGUUCGAGAAUCUGAACUAAUGGAUGACCCCGAGAAAGCUGCUACCAUCAACAUAGAUGAACUCACCCGAGAAUACGCCAAAGCCAAAUCUCUGUUCAGAUCUCGAAUUAUUUCCAUUGAUGCAGCACUAGCAGAAGCAACCCGACUGGAAACCUUGAAAAAUUCCCCUCCUACCCCUUCUACUCCUCCUACCCCUGUAACCCACUCAGCACCUAGCUCAUCAUUUAGCGUACCCCCUUGCGACAUGCAAGAUUUCCAUGGCGAUUACAAAUCUUGGACAUCUUUCCGAGAUAUGUUCAAAGCCAUUUAUGGUAAUAACUCUCGCCUUAGUGGGGUAGAAAAAUUGUUUUACUUAAAACAAAAAACCCGCGGGGAGGCCAAAGAAAUAGUUGACAGUGCGCCAUUGACAAACGAUGGCUUUGUUAUCGCUUGGACACUGCUAACUUCUCAAUAUGAGAAUAAACGCAUGCAAAUUAAUGCACAAUUGAAAACUUUAUUCAAUCUACCAUAUGUCAAUGUCCAAUGUGGUGUAGCUAUUCGUAAAUUACAGAGAAAAAUAAAUAGUUGUAUUUCAAAUCUAAAUACACUAGAUAUUGAUACAGAUAAUUGGGAUCCAAUUUUCGUAUAUCUCUGUUCGUCUAAACUGCCCAAAGAAACACUCGAAGAUUUUGAGAAAACCCUAAGAGACAGUUCCAAUAUACCCUGUUGGACUGAAAUGGACAUAUUUUUGACAAACACAUAUAAAGGACUUGAAUCUGUUAAUGAUAUCAAGAAUCCAAACACAUACCCAAGAAAUAAACAAAAUUCUGACAGUAAGAACCAAAAUGAGCGAAAAGGCAAUACAUUUGUAAAUAAUGUUACCCAAGAACCCAAAAAAGAUACCCAUGCCAAGAGAAAGCCUCAACCCGAACAAAAUCCUUCAAACUCCACCCGAACCCAAAACACUAGUAAGCUCAAUGGCUCUGUAUGUAAGCUUUGUAAAGCAAAUCAUACUUUGAGAGAUUGCCCCUCCUUUAUCUCAAUGGGAGUAGCCGAAAGGAUUAAUUUUGUUAAACAAAAUGGCUGUUGCUAUAAUUGUCUAGCGAUUUCUCACGGCAUUAAAGAAUGUCACAGUACCUUUACUUGUAGACAUUGUGGCGGAAGACAUAACUCUCUUCUUCACAGACCCUCGUCGAACUCUAAUACACACGCUAGUACGAACUCUAACCCGACAGAUGAACAACCAUCAACAUCAACACGGAAUGUGUCGCAGUCGUUUUCAACACUGACCAACCAAACUGAUGGCGUAUUAGAUGACCGGAAAAAACUUUUAGGGACAGCUGUUUUAAAUGUCCAAGUUCAUGGUUCUAUAUUUCCAGCGCGAGCUCUAAUAGACCCAGCGUCAGAUUUUUCGUUUAUUUCUGAUCAGUUCAGACGAAAAUUACACAUACCCACACAACCCAUAAUAGCUGAAAUAUCUGGUUUGAACGAAGUUGUAUCAGCUCGUUCAAACAAAAUGUGUGAAGUUACUCUUAGGUCCAAUACCCAAAGAAACUUUAGUUUAGAAAUCCAAGCGAUAGUGGUCAAAACGCUAACUAGAACAUUACCCACCCAAAGUAUAAACCCAAAUAUCAUAAAAGAUUUAGAACAGAUUCAGUUAGCAGACCCAAGGUUUUACGAAAGUAGACCUAUCGACUUCAUUAUAGGAAGUGAUUUCUACCCACAGAUUUUAAAAUCUGGCGUUAAGAAAGAUUUUCUUAACACACUAAUAGCUCAAGAUACCGAAUUUGGUUGGAUCUUGACUGGACCUGUCGAAGAGACUCACAGAACCCAAACAAUAGUUUCAUAUUUCAGCGCAGUUACACUUAAUAAAUGCUUAACAAAGUUUUGGGAAAUUGAAGAAAUCCCACAAAAACCCAUUAAGUCGGUAGAAGAAACUGUAUGUGAAAAUAUUUUCACGAAAACCACCCAACGCUUACCCAAUGGCCGUUAUCAAGUAGAUCUUCCGUUUCGAACCCCGCAGCUAGAGUUAGGAAACUCACGCCAUGUGGCAAUGGCACAAUAUUUAAGAAACGAGAAGAAUUUGAUGAAGAAUCCUACUUUAAAGUCUGAGUACGAUAACGCUCUGCAAGAAUAUGUUGACUUAGGUCACAUGAAAGCAGUUAAUUUUAACCCAAACAGUUCUUCCACGACUUAUUAUUAUCUACCCCAUCAUGCUGUUGUCAAACCCGAUCGUGUUACGACAAAAGUUCGAGUAGUUUUUAAUGCUUCCAGCAAAACUUCGAACGGCAACAGCUUAAAUGAUGCUCUAUUUAUUGGUCCUACAUUACAACAGGAUUUAUCUAUUGUAAUAUUAAAAUGGCGCUUUUAUAAGAUCGUUUUUAAUGCCGAUAUUACAAAAAUGUACAGGCAGAUCUUAUUGAACACUACCCACACCCCGUUUCAGCGAAUAUUAUUUCGUAAAAGCGUUAAUGAACCCAUAAAGGACUAUGAACUUCAAACAGUCACGUUCGGAGUUAAUUGCGCACCCUAUCUAGCAAUUAGAACUCUUCUUGAACUGGCUAAAGAAGUUGAAAAUACCCACCCGAUUGCAUCUCAUAUAUUGAAAAACAAUAUGUAUGUUGACGAUGUUUUAUCUGGUGCCCAUACAAUUAAAGAUGCAAAAAUUGCUCAAACUGAAAUGAUUACGGUGUUAGAUUCCGCAGGAUUUCCAUUAAGGAAAUGGAUAUCAAAUACACCUGAUCUGUUAAGCAUUUUACCCGAAGAUCAUUUACUUGAUGUGGAUUUACUCACCCUACCAGAUUCCCAUAAUACCAAGACCCUAGGUAUUCGAUGGAAUGCAAAAGAAGAUUUCUUUUUCUUCAGCGUACCCACUAUCGAGAAGAGAAAUUCGUACACAAAACGCUCAGUGUUAUCUGAUAUCGCUCGUCUGUUUGAUCCAGCGGGUUGGUUAGCACCAAUUGUUGUGUCUGCUAAGAUCAUUAUGCAACAAGUUUGGCAAGAUAAAACAGACUGGGAUGAAUGUCUAAAACCACUUACCCUAACAAAAUGGUUGAAAUUCUUAAAAUUUUAUGAUGAUAUUAAUAAAAUUCGAAUCCCAAGAUGGAUUAAUUUUGAACCCUCAUCAAAAAUAGAAUUUCAUGGCUUUUCUGAUGCAUCAGAAAAAGCUUAUUCAGCAGUUCUAUAUGCAAGAGUUACACCCAUUGAUGGGCCAAAUACAGUUACCCUACUCUUCGCUAAAACGCGAGUCGCGCCCAUAAAAGUUCUAUCAAUACCCAGAUUAGAACUAUGCGGUGCAGUGUUGUUGGCAAAAAUGUUCCACAACGUUUUAACUCAACUCAAUUUACCCUUACACCAAGUAUAUUUUUGGACAGAUUCCACAAUUGUUUUAGCCUGGCUUAGUAAGCAUCCAAAAUCAUGGGAAACGUUUGUAGCUCACCGUGUUGCCGCUAUAUCGGAUACCGUCGGAGUAGAAAACUGGAAUCACGUCGUGUCACACGAAAAUCCAGCCGAUCUUGCCAGCCGUGGAUGUACUGCCGAAGAGCUGACAAACAACAGUUUGUGGUGGAACGGACCCUCAUGGUUAAAAGAAUCUGCGUCCAAAUGGCCUAUUACAACCCAACCCUAUAUAACUCAAGCUGAAACUGCUCAAAGUUACGCGAACACAGUAACAACCCAAAUAGACAUUCUUAAAGAUUUCUCAAAAUGGUCUAGAGCUCUUCGAGUCUUUUCAUAUGUUUAUCGUUUUUAUGAUCGAAUCUCUCGUACCCCAAGACAAUUGACCCGUCAUCAGAGAGUUGAACUUAAUCAAAAUACACAUCCUGAUCCUAAAAACAGAUUUAAAUUAUUGUUUGAACACCCUAGCAUUCAAUUGGAUGCAGAAGAGAUCAGCACAACAAAAGAUAAACUUAUAAUAAUAUGUCAGACUCUAUAUUACCCUGAAGAGUAUAAUUGUUUAAAGAGGAAAAUUCCAAUACCCGGAAAAAGUACUCUUUCUACCCUAACACCCUUUUUAGACACGAAAAACAUAUUACGAGCAAAUGGUCGUUUGGCAAAUUCCAGUUGUCUAUCAUACAAUGAAAGACACCCAAUUAUUCUACCCUACAAGAGUUGUUUUGCAAAAUUGCUUACAAAUCACGUUCAUUUGAUAAGUCUACACGGAGGAAAUCAAGCUAUGUUGCGCGUUAUACGGUCGGGCUAUUGGAUUCCAAAGCUCAAAAAUCUGAUACGCUUCAUAAUUGAUCAAUGUACCCAAUGUACAAGAUAUAAGCAGCGCCAAACUACCCAAUUAAUGGCCGCUUUACCUCCAGAACGUACCCAAUUGUCAAGACCCUUUUACAAUACUGGAGUUGAUUUUGCUGGACCGUUUGACAUAAAAACGUAUGCUGCCCGAGCAUGUAAAAUCACCAAAGGCUACGUUUGUGUCUUCGUAUGCUUUGCAACAAAGGCAAUUCAUUUAGAACCUACAUCAGAUCUGUCUACCCAAGCCUUUAUGGCGGCUUUCGCCCGAUUUUUUUCGAGGCGGGGAUGCCCUGCCAGCAUUUAUUCAGACAACGGAACUAACUUUGUUGGAGCUUGUCAACUACUGAGGAAAGAGCGGCAGGAAUUCCUUAAGCAGCUAAGAUGUUCAGUCAUUGAAGCCAACAGUUUUCAAAACCUGAUGUGGCAUUUCAUUCCACCCGGAGCUCCACACAUGGGAGGAUUGUGGGAAGCUGGCGUCAAAAGCUUCAAAAGCCACCUGAAGAAAUCAACAACAACCCGACACACAUUUGAAGAGUUCGCUACCCUUCUGGCAAGGAUUGAAGGGUGUCUUAACUCAAGACCACUCAGCCCAUCAAGUGAGAACUCACACGAUCUAAACCCAUUAACCCCAGGUCAUUUUUUGAUUGGUUCGCCUUUGUUAACACCUGCCGAACCCGAUUUUAGUGACGGAAACGUGACUAUUGCAAAUAGAUGGCAGAAACUGAGGAUUCAGCAUCACCAUUUCUGUAGAAGGUGGAAGGAAGAAUACCUCAAGGAGUUACACAAAAGAUAUAAGUGGAAAUACCCUCAAAGAGAAAUUGAAGUAAAUGAUUUAGUUGUCAUUAAACAGGAAAAUAUUCCACCAAACGAAUGGUUGCUGGGUCGAGUUGUUAAAGCUAUUCCGGGAUCUGACGGACGAGUCAGAGUUGUCGAACUACGCACUGCAACAGGAAGUUUAACUCGACCUAUAACGAAAGUUAUUGUAUUACCCACAAACUAG